GGCAUCAACCAAUCGCAAUGGGCGUAGUCUUUUGUUCGUGUUCUUGGCGUUGUUACCUGUUGCUGAAAUUUGUGUCUCGUGAUUCGGCCUUGAAAUCGUUUGCCUCUAAAGCGACGUGCAGUGAGUCACUAUUCGUGUAAUCACGUUUUGUGUUACAUUUCAAUUAUUGAGACUUAUUAGUCAUCAAGCUGAACAAAAUUUGAGUAGCUGAACUAGCUCAUACCGUUAUAACAAGCAAGAUUCCUACAUGUAACAAGACCAAGCUGAUUGAGAUGGUGUGUGAUUCAGAGCCUGGAUUUUCGUUUUUCAUAGUUGACUGCUAAUUUUCAAGGAAUUUUUGAUAUAUAAGGAAAGUGCCUUGCUAAUGAGAUGACAGAUAAAGAGACUUUUAGAGGUGCUCAUGCAAUGAGGAAUUUUUUAAGUAGAAAGAAGAGCAAUUCUGAUCCAAAUAUAAAUGCCAACAAAGCAGCAAAGCCCGAUUCAACAGAGGAUGCAAAUGGCGAAAUAGGUCGGCAGACGGCCGAGAUGGGCAGCACCCUUCCCUCAGCACACUCCCCGCGCUCGCGGACACCUCCCGUCGAGAGGAAACAGAAAUUCGCCGGCCUCGGGCGCCUCUUCAAGCCCUGGAAGUGGAAGCGGAAAAAGAAGUCUGACAAGUUUGCCGAAACGCAGCGUUCGCUGGAGCGGAAGAUCUCAAUGCGUUCAAAUCGGGAUGACCUCAUCCAGAAGGGCAUUUUGUUACCGGAUAGCGCUACCUCAUCGCCGUCAACAGCGGCGCCCGCCAGCGACGCUCCCGACCUUCUGAAGGAGCGGGACCUGCUGAACGGUGCGGUCAGCAGGUCAUCUCCCCCGGCCCAGCACCAGACCCCUCCUGCUACCCCGGCGGCCGCUGCGGAGACGCCGCCGCCGCCGCCGCCGCGGCCCGAGCGGCCCGAGCGGCCGGCCAGCCUGGGUAAGUUGGCCGCGCCGCCGCCGCCCCGGCCGUCGCCGGUAGCGGUGUCGUCAGCUCAGCGACCCGUCAGCGUGCCGUCAGCGCUGCUCAGCAGGCCAGGCGCACCCCCGGCCCCGGCGGCCGCCCUCCGAGGAGCCGAGCCGACCGCCGAGCCGCGCCUGUCACUCUCCCGGCUGCCCGAGCCGCCGAUCGGUGUCACUGAGAUCGGACUCAUCCCGCCGCCUGCCAUGUUCUCCAACGGUGGCGCCACUGCGGCAGCAGCAGCCGCCGCCGCCGCUGCCGCUGUGCCGCCCCCGCCCCCGCCGACAGCCGCGCCGCCGCCGCCGCCGCCCGGUCUGCUGGCCGGUACCUCAGUCAACACAGCCGUGCCACUGGACCUCAGCGACCCGCGCUUUGAUGAUCUGGAGGAGGAAGAGGUGAUGUUCGGUGACGAUGACGACGAUGACGAGUACUACCCGAUGGCCGGCGGCGGCCGCGGCGACGAGCCGGCGCUGCCGCCGCCGCGCGAGCCGCGGCUCGACCUGGUGCCACUCAAGUCGGCGCUGAAGAAGCCCCGGCCGCCGUCCGAGCCGGCCGCACCGCCGGGUAGCGGUCAGCAGGACCCGGCGCAGGGGGCGCUGCUGACCGCCGGCGGCGGCGACCGGCGGCCGGUCGGCGGCGCCGCCAGCUCCGGCGAGGAUAGUGAUGACAGUGACGGGCCGAUCCUCUACCGCGACGAGCCGGCCGAGGGCGAGAGUGGCGUGCUGACCCGACUCGGCUCGCGCGUGCAGCGCUCCGACAGCCUGGCCAUCAAGCUGGCGCUGCGGCCCGACCGCCAGGAGCUGAUUGAUCGCAACAUCAUUCACGCGCAGACGGAGCAGGACCGUACUGACUGGCGCAGCGAGCUGAGCGCCAAACUGAACCGGCGCCUCAGCCUGCGGCCCACCGCCGAGGAGCUCGAGAGCAGGAACAUCCUGAAAACUAUGACCAACGAGGAGUCACAGCGAGAAAUGGAGAACAAGAAGGCCACUCUGCUGCGGAAGCUCAGCUUCAGACCCACGGUGGAAGAGCUCAAACAGCGAAAGGUGAUUCACUUCAACGAGUACGUGGACGUAACGCAGGCGCACGAGUACGACCGUCGGGCCGACAAGCCCUGGACGCGGCUCACACCGCGCGACAAGGCCAUGAUCCGCAAGGAGCUCAACGACUUCAAGUCGUCCGAGAUGGACGUUCACGAGGAGUCUCGCCACCUGACUCGCUUCCACCGGCCCUGAUGCCGGCCCUCGCCGUCCGCCGCCGCGUGUUGUGAUAGUCGUCAGCCGUGCCUGCCGCCAGACAUCUGUCGGCGCCGCGCGGAACCCAAAGUGUCCAUGACGGCCGCUGGUCGUCCGUCGGUGUCGGCCAUUGUUCACCAUUCGCGAGAGAUUUGUGCGAUACGUCGUAGUAUAUGAGAAUCGCGAGUGGCGUGUCGUUGCUUCGUUCCAGAGAGUGCUGCCGUGUAUAUGUGUGCGUGAGUGACGCGCCGGUGCUGUGGGCCUCGUGCCAGCCGUGCCUUACUCUGUCCGACGGUAGAUAAUUAACGGGCCGACUCCGUGGCCGGGGCAGCCGCCUUUCGCCCGCCGUGGCCCGCCUGAGCUGCCCCGCGCGACACCGCGCCCAUCCGCAUCGAUAGAUAUACUGGCCGUGGGCCGAGAGCAUCACUUAUGCAGACAAAGUGUGAGGAAGCUGGUAAGUGCAUUUCUGAGCGAAUUACUCGUUAAUGCUUGUUUUAAUAAAUCGUUGUCUUCCACACGUGGUACCUGUUUUCAUCUCAUAUUUUAUGGUCUGUAUUUUUAUUCCGCCAAAUUACUUGCUUGACGUGUACAUAUUUGUACGUUCCAUGAUUUUGGAACUGCGAGGGAAGUCCUAAAUUGUCUCAUAUCUGGUAAAUGAUGAAUAAUAAUAUAUGAACUAA